AGAAGCUGCUUGUCUGGACGUAUUGCUGCUACAGAGGCCAAGAUGUCGCUGACGGUGGUAGUCAAGUCAGCAAGCAAACUCCCUAAUGUGGAGAGGUUCUCUAAGAGUGACCCAAUGACUGUUGUCACACUACAAGGUGUCAAGCAGAAGACUGCAGUCAUUGACAACAAUUUGGAUCCAGAAUGGAAUGAGAGCCUGGAAUUCCCGCUGCAAAGUGCACUAGCCAACUCUGAGGUUCUCAAAGUGGAAGUGUUUGAUCACGAGAAAAUGGGUCGUAACAGAAUUCUUGGUUCAGCGGACGUACCGCUGAGAGAGGCUGUGUCCAAUGGCAAGCAGUCCAUCAACGCUACCCUCAAGGGCAAGAAAGGAGACAUGCUUGACGCUAAGAUCAAGUUGGACAUCACGUACACUGCUCCCGCCGGGAGUGGAGGGGGUGGAGGUGACGAUGGUGGAGACGAUGACGAUGAGGAGGGUGGUGGUGGUGGAGGAGGUGAGGCAGAUGGUGAUGAAGAUGGAGAAGGUGGCGAAGGUGGUGAGGGUGGUGAGGAGGGGGAGGCUGGUGAGGAGGGUGGAGCUGGUGGAGCUGGUGGAGGGGGCGGUGGAUCAAAACCCACCAAGAAGUCUCAGCGACGCAAGACUGGCCAGAGGAACAAGCUUCCCAACAAGGUCAUGGACUUUCAAGUGCGUAUUCACAUACUCGAGGGCCGACAGCUGGUGGGCAGUGGGAUCAACCCUGUCGUUAAGGUGAUUUGCGGCAAGGACAUCCAGGAGACCAGUAUUCAGAAGGGGACCAACAGUCCAAGUUGGGACCAGGUGCUGUUCUUCAACAUGAAGGAACUUCCUUCCGAGAUGUUCGAUCGUAUCGUGGACGUCAAAAUCCUCAAUGCCAAGAGAGUUGUGUUUGACGCUCUGAUUGGCUCGUUCAAAUUCGAUCUGGGCAUGGUGUACGACGAACCAGAGCACUGCUUCAUACACAAGUGGCUACUUCUAACGGACCCUGGGGAUUCGGGCGGAGCUGCUAAGGGCUACCUCAAGGUCAGCAUCCAGAUCCUAGGCCCUGGAGAUGACCCCAAACCAUCACCCAGCGAUAUAGGACAGGAGACUGUGGAUAUUGAGUCAAACCUCCUCCGCCCGUCUGGCGUUCGAUUGGUCCCUGGCACUCUCACCAUCCGUGUCAUCCGAGGGGAGGACCUUCCACAAAUGGAUGCCGGGUAUUUUGAGGGAAUCAAGAAGAUCCUCCGAGUUGGAACGGUACAAAAGGAGCUGGUUGACCCCUACUGCAUUGUGAACUUUGCUGGGCACAAAGGGCGCACAGCUGUCAUCUGGAAUGAGCAAGAUCCAGAAUGGAACCGUCAGAUCAACCUCGGUGUCAGGCUGCCCUCCAUGUGUGAGAGAAUCAGAUUUCAAGUGAAAGACAAGGAUCGAGCUAACAAGGAUGACUACAUUGGUACCUGCUUUCUCAACCUCUCCCACAUCCAAGCACCUGGAGAGACAGGUUUUCCUCCCACCUAUGGGCCGUGUUUCAUCAACAUGUACGGCUCUCCCCGAGAGUUCUCUGACCUCCCCGACAAGUUUGAGUAUCUUAACAAGGGACUGAUUGAGGGUGUGUCCUAUCGUGGUCGUGUGAUGGUGGAGGUGGAGAUGUCAAUAGGCAAUUUCCCCGCUGUCAAGACGGAGGAUAUCACACCUGAAAACCAGAAGAGGUUCACUCCGUUCCUACGACGACGCAAGUACAAGCUGUUUGGUGCUUUCUUCUCAGCCUCCAUGGUUGAUCCCAAGGACGCCCCAGUCGAGUUUGAAGUCAGCAUCGGUAAUUAUGGCAACAAGCUGGAUGAGAACUCGCCAGCUCAAUCUUCGACCACACCCCCUAGCAACCCAAUCUACGAUGGUAACGCGUACUACUACCUGCCCUGGCUCGACCAGAAGCCCUGCGUAGUGGUGGACAGUCAAUGGGAGGACUGCAGCUUCCGUAUCGACACACUCAACAUCAUCCUGUUUACAGCUGAGGGACUGCAGGAGGGAGUGACGAGUGUGCAGAAGAUGAUUGAGGUGGAUGCCUACGAUGUGGACGCUGUCAAGAGUCAGAUCGGGGAGGUCCUUGACAUGCUCAGUGAGAAUUUGGAUCAAAUGCUACCACCUGUGCCAGAGCAGGGAUUCACCAGACUGGACACUCAGUUGCGCUCGUACCGUGAGAGUGAGUGGGCGUGUAUGAGGGAAGAGGCAGAUGAGCUCAGACGUGACAUGCCCCAGUACAACAUUCUAGAGCUGGUCACUAAACUAGAGGACUUUGUUGCACGAAUCAAGAGCCUUGCAAUUGAGCCCCAGAACAGUGUACCUGACGUGGUCGUGUGGAUGUUGUCUGGACAGAAGCGAGUUGCCGUGAAACGCAUACCCUCUCACGAGCUCAUGUACUCGACAGUUGCCAAGGCCAGGGGCAAAAACUGUGGCAAGCUGCAGACCAUCUUCCUAGGGCCUCCUGCACUGCAGAAAGAGAAGGAGUUGAAGGAGUGCACGUCAGGUUCCCAGGUGCGACUCAUGCUCUGGCUGGGACUGGAGAAGGACCAGAAGGAGUGGACCAGACAUACCCCCGGAGGGAAGCUAGCCACCUUCGCUGAAACCUACGAGAACGAGGCGUGUCUGUUUGGCCGGUGGGGUAAGACUGGUCUCACUCGACCUCAGUGGUGCGACUCAAGGGGGAAGAUUAAACAGCCCAAGGAACAGUUUGAAACGCCACCUCCUGGCUGGGCCUGGGAUGGUGACUGGACUGUUUCCCCUGAGUUGAGUAUUGCCUUUGAACCGGACGAAGGUUUGGACGAAUGGAUGGAAGAUAUUUUCGAGAACCAACUUCGCCUUCCUCUGAGUCACUGGCCGGUAGAGAGUGAAUCCUAUUGGACGGACGUGCGUGGAGACAAGCUGGUCGAGUACGAGGGCAAGAAUGAGAAGCAGCUGACAAGGGAUGACAUCAAACUGCCUGAGGGGUGGCUAUGGAAGGAGGAACAACCCUGGGCUGUUGACAUAAACAGAGGAGUAGAUGAGCAUGGUUGGGAGUAUGCAGUGGAGGCUGGGAUAGGGGCUUGGGUGCCUUACGAGAGGAACAUCCAUAUGAGUCGUCGUCGGCGAUGGGUGAGGAUCAGAGUCAGGGACAAGGACUCAAAGGCCAUCGAGAAGAAAAAGAAAAAGCGUGAGAAGGCCAUGUCCGAGGGCUGGGAGUACGCUCGUCUGGCCCACCUCACCUACCACAUCACAGAGCACCGUCUAGACUUUGCCCGGCGCAGACGCUGGGCCAGACGUCUCAUCAAUUUGGAGCCUGGAGCACGUGCCGUUUUCACGUUUGAAGGCAAGAACGAGAAGAAGAAGAAGAAGAAGGAUGACGAUAGCGACGAUGAAGAUGAGAAGAAGCAGCAAGUCCCUCGCAUGUACCUCACCUUCUCUGAUUGCCACACCUACCAGCUGAGGGCCUACCUCUACCAGGCUAGAGACAUGUUCUCGAGUGACAAGUCCGGGCUCUCUGACCCGUACGCUAUCAUGGCGUUCGGUCGCUAUAGUACCCGCUCUCGUAUCAUCAAGGAGAGUGUGUGCCCCACUUGGGACCAGACGAUGCUUAUCAACCAUAUCCGUAUGUUCGGAGACCCCCAGUCCAUUCUAGACUCACCCCCUCCCGUAACGGUCGAGUUCUUUGACAGGGACCAAAUAGGCAAGGAUGAGUUACUGGGUAAUUCCAAGACAAACCCCACUGUUAGGCUCACACUGGACACACCCUCUCCCCGUCUCGACUGGUUUGAGAUUGUCCGCUACAAUACACCCGUUGGUGAACUGUUGGCAGGAUUCGAGCUCCUUCUUGACGAGGGUGGUGAGCUCCCGUUCACUCCGCCCAAGGCCUCUCCCCCACACACCCACUACAUUGUGCCCAGUGGUAUCCGACCUGUGCUGCAGAAGACCCGAGUGGAGAUUCUGUGCUGGGGUGUUCGAGACAUGAAGCGUUACCAGCUGCUCAAGGUAACCUCUCCCCUGGUGGAGCUAGAGUGUGGAGGGACAAUCGUCCGCUCGGAGCCAAUCAAAGACACCGAUGAGAACCCCAACUUCCCCAAACCAGUCAUCUCUUUUGAUGUGUACCUACCUAAAGAGGAGUUGUAUGCCCCACCCCUAAACAUCCGUAUCCUUGACAAGCGAUCGUUUGGUCGUCUCCCCAUGGUAGGCACCAACAUCAUCAAGUCCCUCAAGCCAUUCUACGUUCACCCGACUCUCUCAGCUACCGAGAUGGCCGCUUUCCAAGCUGUUCACACUGCUAGCACCCCCAAUGUCACCCCUGCCCCAUCUGUCAGUGAUGUACAAACCGCCCUGGAGUUAGAGGAGGGAGAAAAGAAAGAUUUAGAUACGGACCCUGAUUCAAAGGAAACCUCUGAUUUUGACUGGUGGUCCAAGUACUACUACUCGUGUGGCGAUGAGAGGCGAACCCAGGCCGAGUACGUGGAGCAGGGAGCUGACAAGUUGGUUGUCUACCCCACAGAGCUCGAGGAAGCUUUCAACAGAUUCACUGAUUUAACCCAGACGUUCCCACUAACCCGAGGCAAGGGGUCACGUGACCCAGAGGACGUGGGUGCUGUGGGUUACUUCAAGGGGACUGUCAAGAUGUACCCGCUACCUGAUGAUGGGUCCCCUGAGCCCAAACCCCUCCUAGCCAACGUGCCCUCUACCGAACCUAUUGACGUGGUCGUGAGGGUGUACAUCAUUAGGGCCAUUGACCUCCAGCCGCAAGACCCAGGUGGCAAAUCUGACCCAUACAUCAAGAUCAAACUGGGCAAAAAUAAAAUCAACGACAAGGACAGCUACAUCCCCAAUCAACUCAACCCAAUCUUCGGCAAAAUGUUCGAGCUCCCAGCCACUCUACCUAAAGACCACACCCUCACAGUUACGGUGAUGGACUGGGACAGGCUUUCAGCCGAUGACCUCAUCGGUGAGACCAAGAUUGACCUGGAGAAUCGUUUCCUAAGUCACCACAGAGCCACUGUGGGUCUGCCAGAGACCAUGGCCAGACGUGGCCCCAACAAGUGGAGGGAUAUGCAGUUCCCAGUGGAGAUUCUGGACGACUGGUGUAAAACCAACAACCUUCCCGAGCCUGAGUGGUCCCCUGACCACGCCUACGUCAUCAUUGACGGCACCAAGUACACCCUCGACCAGUUUGAGCAAGGCAAGCCGCUACACCAGGACUUGACUGACGUACCCCAGCAGCGACUAGCCCUCCACUUCCUCCGACAACAGAACCUCGUCCCAGAGCAUAUAGAGACGAGGAACAUCUUCACACCUAUGCAGCCUGGCAUCUCCCAGGGUCAACUGCACAUGUGGGUGGACAUGUUCCGUAAGGACGGAAACAUCCCACCUCCUGUGGACGUAUCGCCACGGAAACCACAGAAGUAUGUCCUCCGUAUUGUGGUGUGGAAUCUCAAGGACGUCAUUCUUGACGAGGUAUCCGUGGCAACGGGAGAAGCCAUGAGCGAUAUCUAUGUGAAAGGUUGGCUUCGUGGAGAGGACGACACUCAGAAGACGGACGUGCACUACCGCUCUCUCGAUGGAGACGGAAACUUCAACUGGAGAUUUGUGUUUCCCAUUGAAUACCUGCCAGCUGAGAACAUCAUGGUCAUCAAGAAAAAGGAGCACUUCUACAGUCUGACCAAGACGGAGCGUCAUCUUCCCCCGAUCCUCACCAUGCAGAUAUGGGACAAUGAUCUCUUCAGUCCCGACGACUUCCUCGGUACUGUGGACUUUAACCUCAGUCGUAUGCCCAAGCCAGUGAAUGAUGCAGCCAGCUGCAAUCUUGAGCAGUUGCCUGACGCGACACACGACGCCCCUCAUGACGACCUGUUCAAGAGGAAGAGAAUGAAGGGAUGGUGGCCAUCUUAUGAGGUCAACGAUGAGGGAGUCAGGGAGCUCAAUGGCAAGAUGGAGCUUGAGUUUGAGUUGGUUCCCGAGGAGGAGGCGCUGCUGCGACCAUCAGGGCGGGCCAGGGACGACCCCAACAUGCACCCUGUGCUUGACCCUCCAAAUCGUCCUGCCACUUCCUUCCUCUGGUUCACAUCUCCCUGGAAGACGUUCAAGUUCAUCGUCUGGAAGUUCUACAAAUGGCACAUCAUUGGCACCCUUGUAGUCAUCCUGCUCGUGAUCAUCAUUGUCAUCUUUGUCUACACUGCCCCCAAUACUUUGAUGACUCAGAUCACAUCUCGGAUCCUGCCUGGAUAAAUUUGAUUAUUGAACUUGUCCUGUAUUAAUCAUAGAAAAGAAAACUGAUUUAUUUUGUAGAUUAGACCCUUGAUCACAAUUAACUUUUGACUCUCUCAGCAGAUAUUUUUGAAGCUUGAAAAGGAAUUGUAGUGUGUUUUAUCGUUGUGUGACAUAAUAGUUUUUAUAAUAAUAUAGCCUUAGGAGGUAGGCCAUUGUUUAUUACUUGAUUUCGCAUUGUAUAGCAACCAUCAUGUGAUUGCCAUGUGAUUGUUAUUAUCUGCUUGA